AGACCUAUCCGUAAAUAAACAUGGUUGUUUAUUGGUUGGCGGCAUUGUUAUUGUAUUGUCGUAGCAUUUAAAAAUCAAAUAAAAUAAUAAAAAAGAAAAUAUUGCAAUGGAAGUAGAAGAUGCCAGGUAUUACGAAGGUUGUGGGCAUGAAGGACCAAUAAGAUGCAUAUUUUUAUGUGAAUUUCAUCCAACUGCCGGACCGCGAAUUACUUAUCAGGUUCCUGAUGAUUAUGUUUCAAAGGAAAUUUUUGAUGCAGUAAGUGUGUACAUCAUUCCAAAACCGCAAUUGCAAAGAACUAUUUUUACAGUGAAUGUUUUGGGAUUUAAAAUUACAGGCUUCCCAGUCAGGAUUGACAAUGCAAAAUAUGCUCGUAAUGCUUAUUACUUCAAUGUUUGUUUUGUGUCCGAUUUCUGGGCACGCACUGUUCAAUAUGAACCAGUCAUCAAAAAGUUUUCUGAAUAUCUGGUAACUAUGGAAGAGCAGACUGGGUUCUUAUCAGAUACAAAUCAACCAGAGAGUGAAAAUACAAAGCUUCCUGCAAUGCUCAAGCAGAUAUUAGAAGAUUUGAACUCAAAGAAACAAUCCAGUGUGACUGAUGGUAACAUGACAAUACACUUGAAGGUCGUGAAGUUGUCUGCAGACCCACAGCCUGUGGUCGAUCAUGUUGUUCCCAUACUAUUGGUUGACCUCAACACCUACAACAAUCAGCAUUGGGAUCUUACUACCCAAAGGAUACUCCAACAUAUAGAUGGUUUCAGCCAUGUUGCUAAAAUUGCAGCGCAAGCAGAUGCAGAAAAUUCUCUUGUGAAAACAUGCAUUCAGAAUCUCUUGUAUUAUGGAGUUGUCUCUCUCUUACCAAUUUUCCAGUAUUCAAAUGUGUAUGCAACUACACCAGAACUAAAGAAUCUAGUGAGCAAUAAGUCUUUUCAAGAAGAAUGCUUGCAGUUUGUCUCAAAAUCCAGUGGCACUCAAGCAAGUUUGCGGGAUGUGUUUGUUUUCUACAGCAGUAUGACCCAGGGCACAACCUUAAGAGAUCUGUGUGUUCGAUUCAACCCAUCUGCUCUUCAUAUUGAUGAAAAGAAGCUUAUCCAGUUUGGACUUCUUCACAAAUUGAUUCGUCGCAUUCACAAAUAUCCUGUUUGGGUCAACAGCAGUUCACAGUGCAACAGGCUGUCACCAAUGACACAAAUCUUCACUGGCAUGGCCUCGUAUGAUGAACUUUGUUGUGGUAUGGAGAUGAGCUACCAGCAACUUGAGGAGCUAGUAGAACAUGAUCCACGAAUCCUAAUUGUAUGGAAAUAAAGACCGCCAAUUUUUGAAGGGAACUUGAUUGCUGGUUUUGAAAUCAGAAGCAAUAGAAUCACUACCUCCAAGAAAUAAAAAUAAAAGUUUUAUGUAAAGCAAAGGUAUUUAAUGCUCAAGCUUUGUAAUUAUGAAAUUUGUUCUAAAAUAAGGUUUUGGACACAGUCUAAAAUGUGAUGAACUUCUACCAUUACAUUUGUUGCUUUUUUUUCACAAACACCCCCUCCCCUAUCUUAACUUGAAGUAAAUUAGGAUCUAAAUGCCAAUUUCAUUGUUUUGAGGAAAUUGAGUUUUUGAUUUUGUUACGAGAUAAAGUCUAUUAUAUUUCGGCUGAAUUUUUAGUUCCAGAGUAUAAAUAUUUUUUUACAUAUACUUCAUAAGUCAAUAUGUCAGAAUUACUUAGAGUAACUAGAGUUAUAUAAAAUUGAAGUCGUAAAAUUUAGUUUGUUCUAAGUUCCUUGAUCCUUAACAUUUGAAAUUGUAUAAAUGCUACAAUUUAUAACAUAAAUAAUAAAUAAGGAAAACAAGCUAUGUAUGAUGACUGCAACACUUAUAAGGAACAUUGCAGGCAUUCAACCCUUUAUUAUUUUAUAGGACUACGCACAUAGUCUUAUUCUGGUCAUAAUACAAUUGUUUUAAAAAUGAUGUGUAUAUCCUUUUUUACUUCAAGGCUUUAAUAAUUAUUAAAUGCAAUGAAAGACUGUUUUAUCUAUACAAGCCUAAUUUCAGUAUUAUUUAAUGAUUGUCAUGGGAUUGGAAGUUAAUGUCAAGCAAGAAUUAAGUUAUUAUUUUUAACAUUGUUUUGCAUUUGAUUUUAUUCACUAUUAAGUGUAUCAAGGUAAUAAAAAAGAAGCAUAUAUCAGUUUUGCACCUCCUAUAAUAUAUCAAUGAUUUAAAAUUUUGACUUGCAAGAAAACUAUUUGAUAAUCAUAAGUUCAUUGACUCAAUCAGCCUAGAGUAUUGAGGAAAUGGCAACCAGAUUUAUGUAAUAUUUUUUAAAUGAUAAGUUAAAUAUUUGAGGAAGAAGGGUGAUAUUUAGUCCUAUAGUAGACUUGAUCCAGCCUUCUCUUUCAAUACUGUAUUGUGUGUCAUGACCUUUAAUAUUAAGGUUGCUAACACUGGUUGAAAAUACCAUGAGUGAAUCAUUGAAGGAGUUUUGAUUUUAAAGUAUAAAUAACUAGAUUGUUUUUAUAUUUUUGUUUUUCAGAAUAUAUACUAUCUAGAAAUGAUUAUCUUAAAGUUUUAGAUUUAUUUGAUACUAUAGUAGCCCAGUGUUCUUGUUCAUGAUUGUGCUUUGUGAAUGUUUUUUUUUGCUUUGAUUAGUCUUACAUGUUUUGUGCUUGUAUUUUUCUCACUACUAUAUGAAAUAUUUCUUGGGCAGUCUUGAUCCUAAUCGUAGCUGGGAGUCUUUAUCCGGGAUCAAAUCUGUCAGUGGGAAGGAUAGAUAGCCAAAUAGUCAAUGUGACUGUCUACAAUAUACCGUAUUCACCCGAAAAUAAGACGACCCCCAAUUAUGAAAACAUGUUUCAGGAAAAAUUAUAAACUCACAAUCUUAGCUUCUUUCUUUUGGUGCCAUUGCCUGGAUUCACAAGAAAACAUUGAUAUAAGCAAUAUCUGCAUAUAUUUCUAAAAUUGUCUUCUACAAAUAACAUUACACAUUUAAAACACUGAAUUAGGUCAUUUCAACUGAUUUUUUUUCUUUCCAGUUUCAGUUAAUUACAUUACACAUUUUCCUCUUCUCCACUGUCACUAUGAUGAUUAUCAUUUCCUUGUCUUCAUUCUCAUCGGUUUCACUGUCCAAAUUCUCUGCAUCAUUCCACAAGAACUCAUCUUCUGUGCCAUCCAUAGCAUUGGUUAGGCAACAUUUCUUGAAGCAAUUCACAAUAACAUCAGGCCUGAUCCUGUUCCAUGCUGUCAUGAUCCAAUUGCACAGUUGUGCAACAGUUGGCUUCUUAAUUUUACCUGUGGGUGUUUUCUCAUGGUUACCUGCUGCCAGCCAUUGACAGUAUAGCUGCUUCAAAUUGUCCUUAAAAGGUUUGUUAACCACAACAUCUAGAACCUGUAGUUGAGAAGUCAUUCCACCAGGAAUAACUACCAGAUCUGUGUUCAAGUCUUGUAUUUUUUUUUCACGUCUGAUGUCAGAUGUCCUUUAAAGGCAUCUAGUACAAGCAUGCCUCUCUGCUUCAACAAAGCACCAGGUCUUCUGCCCCAAAUUAUUCCUAACAAAUCCAACAUCAAAUCAUUGGUCAUCCACCCUUUUGGUUGACACCUCACUACAAUACCCUUAGGCAUUGUUUUUCUCUUCAAAAUUACAAAUGGUGGCAGUUUCCUGCCAUCUGCCAACACUGUCAGCAUAACAGUCACUCUUAAUUUUUCGUUUCCAGAAGUUUUAAUUCUGAUGGAUUUUGCCCCACGAUCAUCAAUUGUGUAAUUUGAUGGCAUAUCGAAAUAAACAGGGGUUUCAUCUGCAUUCCCGAUUUUCCCCAUGAUAUAGUUGUGCGAUUUUCGUAAUUUAAUAACAUGUCUUUGAUAGGCUGUCAACUUCUCUUCAAAAUCUGCUGGCAGCCUUUGACACAACGACGUUCUUCUUCGAAGGGAAAACCCACUUCUCCUCAUUAAUCUUGUGCACCAGCCCCUACUAGCUUUGAAAUCUCUUCCUGCAAUGUUCAAAGUUAUUGCGAUUUCGCGUGCCUUUUGUUGGAUAGAAAUAUAAGAAACUGGCAUCCCAUUUCUUCUCUGUGCUCGUACGAAUUCCGUUACUUGUUUGUCAAUCUCAGGGAAGUUUCCACGUCUUGGUCCACGGAAAGAUUUUCGUGUUGAGCUUGCAUUCUGUAUUCGAGGCUUUUGUUUUCUCCAGCGCCGAACAUUUGCCUCGGUAACACCAUACUUUCUAGCUGCCACACAGUUAUUGGUGUCUUCUGCAUAUUUCAUAGCCAUCAGUUUAAAAUUUUUGUCAUAACUGCGCCUUUCACUUUAUUACAAUUUGCUUUCACACUUGAACCUCGUUUUUCCACGUAGUCAGCCAUAACGAUUAACGAAUGUAAAAAUGCCGUCGUCACCAAUAAACAAUGCAAUUUCCGUUCACCAUAGAUAAAUAUGUAUCGUUAACAUAUGCCACUUGUACACGAAGUGUGUUCCAUAUUGACGGGACUACUGAUCUUUCGCUUUGCGAUGUUGGCAGCCUGGAACAUGGCUAUGGCAUGCAGCAGAGAAAGUGUCGUAUACACGUGCAUAUUGUGUUAUCUAUGAGCACGGCUAUUGUUUACUUAGCUGCUUAUAUGCUUGUUGCUUAGCUGGAGUAACAUUACGGCAUUUUUAAUGAGGAAGUUAUGGAAAACAUGAAGUGCUGCAAUAUUUGGCGUAUGGGAAACCCAUUGUUUGUGUUAUAUUAGAGGCUAUGAAUAAAUAAAUAAAUGAAUAAAUAAAUAAAUAAACAAACAAACAACCUUUGUUAUUAUAGGUUAUACAACAAAACAAUCUUUAAAAAAUGUUUGAUCUCGGUUGUUAGAUGACCCCCAAUUUUUUGAAUCCUCUAGAAGGAAAAAACUAUCGUCUUAUUUUCGGGUGAAUACGGUAGUGUUGGAACGUUCAAAGCUAGCUCCAUCGAUGGAUUUUGCUUGUUUUCAGUGUAUGAAAGCAUUAAUAAUUUAGGUGUCUCCAAACACCUUUGCUUCUGUGACAGGGGUCUAUAAAACACUAAAAUGCUUAUAAGUUGAUUUUGAUAAUGGAGGUGAUAUUGUUAGAGUGAGUGGAAGGAUAGUUAGAUAGUGCCAGUUUAAAAUAGGUGCUGCAAAGAGCUGAGUGAGAGGCAUUUAUCAAAAAAUAAUAUCUUCAUAAGUUGUAAGCCUCUCAAGAUGGUAAUGAAGCUGAUAGAACAGAUUCGAGGCUUAGGAGUGGAAUAUAGAACAAUACCUCCAUCCAAUUAGGUGAGAUUAUUUCUAGAAUAGAUAUUGGCCUUUCUCUGAAGAAAAAAAAACAAUACCCACCAGCCAGCCCAUAAUCCUGUAGUAGGCCUACAUGGUUUUGAAAAUUUAUCUUUUUUUCCCCUGAAUACAUCUGAAACAUUGAUGAGACUGGAAUGAAAACUGGAUGCAUACCAUUUAGGCUCAUAGCAGAACAAGAAUCAAGCAAAUAUUGAAGGUUAGUAUUUAUGAUAAGUCAACUUAUAAAAUGAUAUGCUUCUAUUAAAAACAUUAUAAAUAGCAUUUUUUCUUUCCCAAUGAACUGGUAAGAUUGAAUGCUACAAGUUAUGGCAACAGGAUCUGCAAGUGAAAAAACAGAGAUUGGGUUGGAUGACAGGAUAUAAUUUUUUUUUGCCUUACAUAUUAUAAGUAGCACUCACUAUGCUCUAAUUAACCCUAGAAGUUUUACUCAAAGCAACAGACUAUUCUUUGUAAUGAUACCGUCCCACUUCCCUUAAAAUUUAGUCACUGAAUCUUAACCCAGCACAUUAUUGAAACUAAUAAUUUACGACGAAAGUGGGUUUGUGGGAAUGUGCUUAUCUCUAGACUGUGGCUUCAGACAACAUUAUAAGCUUAUGAGUUGCAGAAUUUUGGACAGUGAAUUUAGACCUAUUUAUAUAUCAAGUUACUUGCACUCAAAACUUCCGAACAUGCUACUCAAAAUGGAGAAGGUAACUUGACUUGCAAUGGGGAGUGGAGAAAGAAAGGGUUCUGUCAAAGUCUGCAAAUUGUUUGUACAGGAAAAUAAUUGUUUUCAAGAGUGGGAAAUAUAAAAUUUAAAUGGGCAGUUAGAGAAAGCUUGGAAGAGGACCCUAAAUGUUAGGGAUUGGAAUUGAAUAUAACCACCCUAAAAUAAAAAUUGUAAAAUAUAUAAAUGGGCAGUGUAGGAACAAGGCUUAAUGGUAGUAUCACCAUGCAAAAUGAUGCCAUAAUGGAAGAAAUAAAUCAUCUCUGUGGUAGUUGUUCAGAUAUGCAUUGAAAAUAAAAUUUAACUAAUCAUAAUGCUGGUCAGGUUGUUAUGGUUGUUAAUAAUAAUGUGAAAAUAUAUUCCAAACAGAAAAUAUGUAUUUAAACAAUUAUCUUUUGUAGAAUUAAAAUACUGUAAAAAUUUUUUAACAGAGAUAGUGUUGCUUCCAAAGCCUCUAUCACAGGUCUAGAUAGUUUGUUUUCACAAAAUAAAAACAAAUUUAAUCUCAAAGACUUUAUUAACAUUAUUUGAUUUUAACAAAUGCAAGAAAAAUUAAAUUGAAAGUUUUUGCUUAAUGUACACACCUAAGUUUAUUUCCAGCUUACAAAAAUAUCUCCCAUUUGUACCUGCAAACCUAACCAAUGUACUGAACGUAAUGGGACAACAAACUAAAUUGAUUGUUAAACCAUUUAACCAGGGGAGAGGGCAUUAGCGUGGGUUGUUACAACCUACUUCCUCCAAAUAUUUAUACUCCACAGGUUAUGGGUGCCAUGUCAUUUUAUUUUUGUGGCAUUUUCAUUUAACCAUUUUACUGUGGACAUCAAUAUUUUCUAGCCACGUGCCCACGCAAGAUUUUCCAAGUCGAUAUUUGCCUAAGGGAAGAUAUUUAUAUUUUCACAUAAUAUGUUAGUUGAAUAUGUGAAGUUCUUAUUUAUCAGUAUUUCUUUUUCAAAUGGAGAAAAUAUAUCUGAAUCAUGCCAUAGCCCAAAGUAACGCUUCCAGCCAGGGCUUCGCAGUUUAAGUGUGACAGGUUUUAUGUUACAGACAAUAUUCUAGUGUGAAAGUUCUGUAUAAUCACCCGUUAGAACAUGAAAAAAUGGAUAUAUUUUGAAAACAUUUAGAAAGGGAACAAGAAAGCUUAAAUUAAAAAAUGGGGGAAAUAUAUAUAUGUAAUGAUUCCUUUCAACAAUAUACCAUGCAACAUUUUGCUCUUUUUCAAAGACUUGUAAAUUAAAUUUUGUUUUUAAUGUAUUUUUCCUCAAGCACCAACUGGUAUAUGGUAAUACAGUAGGCUUGUAACUUUUUUCAGCACCUUGUAACACCAGUUUUUUUUCUCCAAAUGGAAUUUGAUACAUGAAUGUUAAAAAAUAUUUUAUAUUGUUUCAAAUAAUGGUUAUUAAUUGAAAUUGUGAACAUUGUGGCCAUAAUAGGUUUAGCGAGCUUGAAUUAACAUGUUAAAUAUUUGUAACCAUUUAAAAUCAUUUUAUAACUUGAAAUGAGGAAAAAUUGUAUAACGGCAAAAUAAAAUUGAUAUGCCAUGUCAUAAAAACAAGAUGAUUUAGAAAAUAAAACCAUGUUUAGGAACCUAUAAUUAUUAAUACAUAUUUCCAAAUAAUGUACAAGAUGUGCCACAGGUCUGCCAACUAAUGUGACAGCCUUCUUGAAUGAAACUUGAGACUGAAUUAUGCAUAAUAUUGUAUGUUAGAUGUAAAUAUGUCAUAUCAUGGCUUUAUCUGGAUAUUAAAAUAUAAUACUAUAGAACCCUGUUGUAACAUAUUUUGAAGGGAGAGAGAAAAAUAAAAUGUUGCAUGCAGAUAAAUGUUAUAAGCAAGAACUAAAUUUUUAAGAUCUAUUUUAUUAAAUUCUUUUAGCAUGCAGAUAAAUGUUAUAAGCAAGAACUAAAUUUUUAGGAUCUAUUUUAUUAAAUUCUUUUAGAUAUAUAGAUAUAAAGUAUACUGACAUGCCAUUAAGAUUUUAAAACAGUAUUAUUAUUGUUGGCUAUUUAUUUAUUUUUCUGUAACUAGUCAUACAUUUUCUUUCUUGCCAUCAUGUAAAAAAAGCCACGAUAAAUAGUGUGCUGCUUAGAGAUAUUUGCUUCUAUUAGAGCAUUAUUUCUAGAAAAUUUUAUAUUAAAAUUAAAUUAUGGGUUUAGAAAUUGCUCCUUUAAUUAAUUUGCUGUUUUUAUUCAAAUCAGUAGGUGCCUACUUAUUUGAUGACCAGCACUAUGCAAAAAUGAUAAAUAAAUUUACUAUUUUAAAGUUAAUUUAAUGGUGUUAUAAGUAGGAAUUUAAAACAUUAAAUGUUAUACAGUAGAGUAUCUUUCAUCCGGAUUCAUGGUGACCUAGCCUAGUCUGGAAAACAGAAAAUUCUGAAUAAUAAAACAUGUGAACAUAACCUCACCAAGACAAUGUUUACAACUUGUUAAUAAUCACAAGGCUACCGGUUAAUAGUUUCAGUAUUCAGAAAAACAGUGGAACUUCAUAUUAAGAGAGCUGACAAUGGCAAGAGAUAUCCUCGUUUCUAUUAGUACUGGUAAUAACCAAACACAUGAAAUUGAAAUCUAGAUUCCAGAACAUUCCUAAAAUGUCCUAAUUUUACACUAUAUCUUGAAAAUGGUGCACUGUAGUAAAAAAUUUCAUAGAAUAAAUGUUGUAGCAAAUUUAAUUAAGAGUUGAAAAGGUGUCUAUGAAUUUUUUUUGUAUCUGUAUUGGAUUUUCUCUUUUAAUCGCGAAUAAUAUUGUCCGAUACAUGCCGGAGCUCAAAGAACUGCUGGGGUGAACAUUGCUGUGCAAGGUCACAUGGAGCGUAAAAAGAAACGGGAGAGGGAAGAAAGGAAGAGCGUUUGCCACCCUCCCUGAUGUUGUUUCUGAAAGGAAAUGCCCAAAAUUGUACAUGCUACUGUCCCAUGCCACAAUUAAGUUACUGCCAGGAGUUUUCAUUUGUUUUCAACGCAUAUGCACACAAAAAUUUUACACAUGUAUUUAGCAAAUAUUUAUCUGAUUUGUUAACAUUUUCACGGUAAUGUUCAUACCUUCGGACUGUCCUACUUUAUUACUACAGGAGGAAAGGGCGGUGGUCAUCCACUCCUCCCACCUUCCCUCUAGCAACCUCUCCUAUUCCCCAACUACUAUAAGACAAAAGAUAUUUGAAGUGGAUUUUGUGGAGGAGAAGCUCAGACAAUAUCACGCUAAACCUAGAAAAUUUCCACAAAUCGAAGAUCGAUAGCUACAAUACGUCCACUAAUUGAAAAUUAUUGGUUGCAGUGUUUUGCAUAAACUGUUGCUAGUAAUAGAGUAGUAAUGUGUACACAAAAGGAAUUUUGUUGGCACAGUUCAAAGCGAGUAGUAUGUGGAAUACGUGCUUCAUGCAUCACAAAAACUUAUCAAGAUUGACACAAUGAUUAUGUCUUGCUAGUUUUGUGGUAUUAAAAUGGAGGGAGAGAGGUGGGGGGAGAACCAUCAACAUUGCGUAAGAUAUGGUCAUGCUCGCUCAUAAAACACUGGCCUCUAACUGAAAACCAGCAUAGCAGACAGCAAUCUGUGAAGGUGGAGAAGGGCAAGUUGUCGCCAUCAAACGGGAGCGCUAAACAAAAAAAUAGAGAGACCAUAUUUGUCACCAGAAUCUCGCAGACUUCCCUUCUCCAUGGCUGCUAGUGAAUGCAGCCAAACAAACGAGACCGGGCAUGUUGUUUGUCAAGUCCUGCCCUCUUUCUUCCCCUUCUCUCCUAGAUUGCUAGAGACAGCAGUCAGUCCCCCAGCCUAUCCAUGCACUGUCACGCUAUGUAGUCUUUGUGUUUACUGCGCAAAUGUUUGGUUUUUCAGCUAAUGAUUUUUUCUCCUUGUUUAAAGAUGCCAUUUAAAUCACUCGUACUUACGAAAGGGCUAUCAUGAAAGAACUUGUAAUUUUCAGAUAAAUGUAACAUCAUUUAUGCAGUCAAAUGUAUGGUGCAUUACAAAACUGUAUAACUUCAAAGGUCUCAUACUAUUCCAUACUCGUAUUUUUUUUUUUUCGAGGUUCCACUGUAAUAGGUCCGUGGCCUUUGGCACAAUGUGUCACAAGUGCUGGUAUCACGUGAUAAAAUGUACAGGCGUUAAAAUAUGAAGUUUAAGUCAUUCAUAAAAAUGUGUGUUAUUUAGAAUAGUUCCGUGUUUGGAUGUCCAAAUAAACUAUUCUCUACUGUAUACAGGAAUUUUAUGCAUUUUUCUUAUGAAGUUAUAAGCAGGGAUCCUACAAAAGCUUAUACUGUAGUUAGCAUUGACUGUUUGGCAGAUAGAAUUGAAAAUGUACAAUGGGAAGCAUUUAUCACCACUCUUCUGUUUUGAACAACGAUUACUUUCAGGAUAAAGAAACUUUGGUGUGAUAAAUAAUCUCAUACUAAAUGUGAGUUGUUUAGUGUGCUUUACGUUCAAAUCAAGUGUUGUGAUUAGUUAGAGAACACCACUAUUCUGUUAGUAGAAGUAAGAUAUUUUUUUGUAGAGAUUGUGUGAUAAAUUAAUGAUGCUACUUAAAAUGUAUUAAAUGAACUUAAACAAUGUCUGUCCCAUACUUAUGAUUUGGUUAUAGACUGAACAGUUGGAUCUCAGUAGCAUUAAGGGGAAUAAAGUCUGAUGCAAACAACUUUUACUUGUAAAUUUUUUUCAAAUCCCUGUCUAAUUGCAUCCUUUCCAUUGUGUAAUGUGGAUUAAGAAUAUGUGACAUAGAGCGAGAAUAAUAUUUUAGCUCUAGUUUUGUUGGUACAUUCCCAGCACAAAUUAUAGAGUAAUGGCUAAUCUUCUGCUGCCCCAUCUCAUGAGAGAUUAGAUCAGCUUUAAGCUGAUUAAUUCUGCUGCCACACAAAAGCACAUUGAUGUUAAACCCUGUAAAACCAUGUUCAGAAGUUUCUCAAUGGUAUUUUGAAAUUUUGAGUACUAACUGAAAAACUUAUUAAAAGGGUAAAAUUGUACGUAUUUAUAGGUGAAGUGCUACAUUUUUAAAACUUAUUAUGCAAUUAAUUUUUGUAAGUGAGAUUUACUUAAAAUGAGGGUUUUACUGUACUUGCUUUGGGUGUGACUAAUUAAACUCAAAAGAGUGCUAACAAAUAUUUCUCAUAGAAAUAUAAUAAAACCAAGAAAGCUAUUUUUGGUAUAAGGCAAAUACUUGUAUCCUAUAUUUAAUGGAUAUUUGAAGUAAUUACUUUUAUUAUGGUACAAACAACUUAGUAUACACAAA